AUUUUUCAUCCAGAAUCAAGCCUAGAUCCUUAGUGGUGGUGCUUAACAGACAUUGACCAGGGCUCGCCCUAUAACGCCCUAAUGCUUUUUAAAGGAGUGGUGAAUUGUGAUAGCUUCAUUAUUGUUGACCUCUGCCGUUGACCCGGUGUUCUUUAAUUUGGGUGUCAUGACCCUGAUUUGUCUCAGUAACCGCUGGUUGCCACCCACCAGCACCCGCCGUGCAUCUCCGGGGCCACGGCCUCUACAACUCACACUGCCCGUUUAGGGAUGCAUGGUGAAGCACCAGUCUUAGGUAGUUUACUCUGCAGGCGCAAACACCAAUUUCAAGAUAUUGAUGAACAUCAAAUUGGUGUUUUGCGAACUGGAAAAAAUGCCCAAACUGCUGCUUUUUGAUAGUACGAAGUGCUGUGAGUGCUGGACAAGGCUAAAGGUAAUAUAUUACGUUUGCUAAAAGCAGGGCUCAAUGACCCGUUAUCUAGACUAUUUGUGAAAAUAAAACCGGAAAAGAUGACUGAACUUUUAACAUUAAUAGGCUAGUUGGUUAUUGUGUUUAUAAAAUGUAUUUAGCCAAUUAACUCAUUGUUAUUAAAAAAUAUGUGAGACCAUGUAAGCUCAGUUGUUAAAUGAAAUUCAAUUUCGUUUGUGUUGAUAAAUAUUGUGAAUUAAAGGUGUUUCGUUCACCAAUCACAUUUCUACCGAAAGACUAAAUGGAAAAGGAUGGAAGUAAAUUUCUAGAAAUGUAUUCUCAAUAUUUUUUCAGAAGCAUACAUGUGUCAUUGCAAAUACAAGCCUUCCCUAACUGUAGGCUACACAUGUCAUUUGGUUUUGUUCUCUACAUACAGAAGUUAAGUUCGAAGUAAAACAAUAAAUCUGAGCAGAGAAAAUUGUUAUUUAUAGAGACUGAGCUAAUUCCCCCCCACCUUUUCUCUUCCGGCAGAUUAGCGCUACAAUUAUUUCCAUUCAAAUCAACCAAGAACAGCUCAGCCUUCUGUGAUGUCCGCGUCUCUGUCCGGCAACCCCGCCGUGAAGGAGAAGCUUUUCCAAUCUAAGGGCAGUCCCGUCCGGGGAUCGAGUUAUUACCCUUCCCCGCUGCACGGAACCCAUCAUUACAUGGACAUCUUCAGGAGCUCUCAGCAUCUCCUCCAUCCGCUUAAGUCUUUGGGACGGUUGGUCACGGACACCCAGGCGGUCAUGCCGUUCAACUUUACUGCCGGGAACCCCUCUUUUUUCGGCCACAGCGGCCACCAAACAACAGCCGUUCUCCACGAGCAAGUCUUCAAUGUCUCGAAUAUUCCCUACUUCAACCGGAUGAUACCGGGAGUCGGACACACGAUUUACUCCAAACACGAGGAGUUGGCCGCGGUAGUAACCGAGCAUGCCACAGGGCCGUUAUCGGAUUUCAGCAGCCCCGCCUCAAGCGAGAGAUCUUCGAGAUCCUCCGGUCCCUCGACCUCGCCGUCCAAAGAAAGUUUGUUCAAUCUCCGGGGAACAGAAUUAUCACCAGAUAAAACACGCACUUACAGUUUCACCGAGGAUGAUCUGUUCACCGUCCUAUAUGGAUAUUCCCGGAGCCAGGAGCAGAAUGCGGGUCAUGCUAUCUCAGGAGUAGCUCUGCCGGGGAACUCGGUAUGCAACAGCGAGCAGCUCACCCUAGAAACGGACGCACUUGAACUUCCAGAAGGUUUAACUAUCCACCAGACAAGUUACGGUAAUUUGUCCCACUACGGAGUUUUCGCUGAGAAGAGCGUAAUCACCAAGGGAACCAGGUUUGGGCCUUUCCAGGGAAAACUCGUUAACACCAGCGAGAUCAAAACAUACGAUGAUAACACGUUGAUGUGGGAGGUGUUCGAAAACGGCCGGUUAAGUCACUUCGUGGACGGACGGGGCUCUUCCGGAAACUGGAUGGCCCUGGUGAAGUGCGCGCGUUUCCCGGAAGAGCAGAAUCUGAUCGCGGUACAGAGUAAAGGCCAGAUCUUCUAUGAGGCCUGUAAGGAAGUACGACCCGGCCAAGAGCUUCUGGUCUGGUACGGGGACUGCUAUGUUCAGUUUCUGGGAAUUCCUCUUACGCUGAAGGACUCGCUGGAGGAGGGGAGUGCACCGCUUUCUCAUGAAGAUUCUGGGGAAGGAUUCAAGUGUGAUCGGUGUGGGAAAGUUUUCGCAUACAAAUACUACCGAGACAAGCAUCUGAAGUACACGCGCUGUGUGGACCAGGGCGACCGGAAGUUCCCGUGUCACCUCUGCAACAGGUCGUUCGAGAAGCGAGACCGACUGAGGAUCCAUAUUCUGCACGUCCACGAGAAACACCGACCGCAUAAGUGCUCUGUUUGCGGAAAGAGUUUCUCCCAGUCUUCCAGUCUCAACAAACACAUGCGCGUACACUCCGGAGAGCGCCCUUACAAGUGUGUCUACUGUAACAAGGCUUUCACGGCUUCCAGCAUCCUGCGCACGCACAUCCGUCAGCACUCGGGAGAGCGGCCCUUCAAGUGCAAGCAUUGCGGGAAAGCCUUUGCCUCGCACGCGGCUCACGACAGCCACGUCCGGCGCACCCAUGCCAAAGACAAACCCUUCCCGUGCGAUGUGUGUGGAAGCACCUUCCAAGAAAUCACAGAACUCAAAAACCACAUGAAGAAUCACAAAAGAAGUUCCCCCUCGGAAAUCACAGUUCCUCCAACAAUCUCACUAAACGGGUCGCUGGAAGAUACAACGAUGUUUUCAUUCACGAAGGACUGCAGGACGCAAAAUCAAACGGAAGACAACUUCUCCUACACUGGCCUGACACUUCUGAACCCUGAAUAUCGACCAUGGAAUUAAAAUCAUCCACAGAACCUAUAGAAUUAGAAUGUGUAGCCUUAUUCUAGAAUUUGCCAAGGACCCAUCAAGCAGAGAUCAAAUCCCUGCAAGAACAAUUCGCUUCAUGUUUUAGAUAACAAUUAACAGAAUCGAUGUAACACCACAAUGUUACUGUAUUGUAUUAAUGUGAUUGUAACGUGUCGUUCGUGGCUUAAAGCUUAGAACUACUGGAGUUUUGUUAUUGGUGUUGAUCAGUUUUACAUAAAACAUAUAAAC